AAUUGCCAAAAUUUGACUUGGUGCAACAAAUCAGAACGCUGGACGCCAGCGCUUGAGCUUGCCGCAAACGUCACCGUCUCACGGUGCGCGACUUUCACUUUUUCCUUUCCUUUUUGCAAAAGAGAAGAUAUAAAAAAACAACAACAAUAUAAAUCAGUCGACGAAGAGCAGAGCAGAGAGACAAGACAGAAAAGAAAGGAAGAAGAAAAAGCCGAGCCAGCAUGAGUGUGGAAAAUACCAGACGAGACAACGACUGGACAACAAAAGCAAUGCGAUCCAGCUAAGAGACUAUAGUGGACAAACUGAUUCGAAUCGCGCCCAGAUUCGGCUGCAGUGCAGUUAAGCGAAUGUAAACUGAAAUAACAACAAACCAUCAGCAGGCCAAGCCAGCCAGCGUGUGAGCAGCGCUCGGUGUCUGCGAGUGUGCGUGUGUUAUUGUGUUCGUGUGUCCCGUGUAUGCGUGCGUGCAUGAGUGAGAAUUUCAAAAAUCAGAAGAGGGCCGCCAGCAUUUUCUGCUUGUGGUGUUUUGUGCUGUGUGUGUACGUGGUUGGAGCAAAACUGCUUAAAUUAGGUCAAUUUUUGGAUUGUGGAUUUGCAGCCCUAGAGAGCGAGAGCGAGAGCACCCGGAGCCCAACACAGAGCCCGACCAGAGCCAGUGAGGAUGGAGAGCACUGGGAGUAGAGCCCAGUCAGUGCAACAGCAACGCAAUCGUCUAGCCUCGUCCCCUAGUCCACCGUUGAAUGUGAAUCUCGGCGGCGGACCCAACGCAAACAGCACAAGCACCAUGUACAUUGAAUCAGAUGCGUUGUCACACCACCACCAGCAGCAGCAGCCGCAGCCGCAUGGCAGGAGCAACAACAACAGUGGACAUCACCGCAGCCACAGCAUAACGAAUGCCGCGGCCACCUCCUUUGUGAAUCUCCUGGACGGGUUCACGUCCCGAGUCUCCACGGCCGUUAGUGUGGCGGGGGGAACCAGCUCGAUGAGCCUGAUGAGCACCCAGAGUGCGGCCAGCACUCCGGGAUCGACGCAUUCCAUAGCCAGCCUGACCAGCAUGGGCUCACUGGGGACAACAGCGAAUGCCCUGUACUCCUCGAUCGGCAGUGCCCUCAACUCCAUAACAUCGCCGAUACAAGCGGCCGCUGCGGCUGCCACCGCUACCACAACCGAAGUGGUCGUGGCUGCCGCCUCAGUGAUCACCAAUCAUCUCAGCUCCCCCACCAGCGGCACGCCGCCACAUGGCCUGGGCGGAGAUGAUGACGAGGACUGCGACGAUUGCGAGGAGGAUGAAGACGACGCUGUGGACAACGAUGGACACAUUGCAGCGCCCACACCAUCCAAGAGCUGGGCAGAGAACAAAAUCAUCGUUCAGGAGAUGCGCAAGAAGCUCUCACCCCUGUCCUCGAUGGUGCCCACCAACGUGCAGUUCCGCCAUCUAUCGGAUGGGCGAGCCCGUUGCUACUUCGUCGGCUCGCCGCCCCAGAACUGGGAGACGACCCUCCUCUUUGCCGACAUCAACAUGCAGCAGCAGGACGAGCAGCAGCUGCUGAUACAGCGUCAGGAUGGCGAAUCCGGCGUCGGCAUUCCUACCACCUCCGCAGAAUCCCCAACUGGAGGGCCCAGCCAGUCGUCCUUCCACUUUGGCCCUCUGCAUAGACCCAAAUUAUCGUGGAAUCCGCUUCUGCAACAGCCCAUACCCAGCGCCCAUGUGAGCAGCACAAGCACCAGCACAAGUGGCGGCAGCUCCUGCCCCUACGCCAGAGAGUUUCAGCUGCUGCAGGAGCGCAAGCGCCUAUCCACCUGGGGCAUCACCUGCUACGAGCUGCACAAGCCCUCCGGCAAGCUCGUCUUUCCCUGCUUCAACGAUCUGUAUCAGUGUCUAGACACAGGCUACAAUUCUGGCCUGCUGUUUCCCACACAACUACGCACCUGCCCGCAGUGGACUGCUUUGGAUCCGCAGAUUUGUCCACAGAACUCUGACAUGAUUGCCUACAUCAGUGACUGCGAUCUGUUUGUCACCCACACGCUGAGCGGGCACGAGAAGCGGCUGACGUACACGAGCAGCGGUCGGCACUCCUACCCGGACGAUGCGCUAAGCGCCGGAGUUCCUUCGUAUGUAAUGCAGGAGGAGUUUAGUCGCUAUCAGGGCUUCUGGUGGCAGCCGCACUCUGACGAUGGCGUCUACCGUAUUGUAUACGAGGAGGUGGACGAAACGGAAGUCUCCCUGUACACGUUCCCCUCAUCAACGGCCGUCCAUGGCCGGGUGGACGAGUAUCGUUUCCCACGCACUGGCAGCACCAAUGCCAAGUCAAAGCUCAAGCUCGUUCAGUUCGUCCUGAACGAGUCGCUGCAGAUCAGCGAGAUUUGCAUCAAGGAUCUGCCUUACUCCCUCCUGGCCGUCUUCAGUUGGCUGGAGUACAUUGUUCGCGUCGGAUGGACACCAGACGCCAACUACGUUUGGGUUCAGGGACUGGACAGGAAGCAGCAGCGACUGGACCUGUUUCUCAUACCGCUGGACAACUUCUGCGAGUCGUACAGCAGCCAGGUGUCCACACCCACAGACUCGAUUGGGGACCACAGCUGGCGCAGCCUCUACAGUCGCACCAUCACGCCGCUGCAGGUGAUCUACACGGAGAAAUCGGAGAGCUGGAUCAAUGUCCACGACAUGCUCUACAUCCUUGAGGUCAGCGAUACUAGUGUCACCUACGUGUGGGCCUCAGAGGAGACGGGCUUCCGGCAUCUGUAUCUGGUCACCUCCAGCCUGGUGCUGGCCAAUGCCAAUGGUCAGUCCGAUGCUGGCACACCGUCCGCUCCCCAGCAGCAGCAGCCCAGCUUUGUUGAGCAGUCGGCCCUCCAGCCGCGCAUCAUCAACAAGGUGGCGCUGACCAGCGGUGAGUGGGAGGUGCUGGCGAGGAACAUCUGGCUUGACAAGCCCAAUCAGUUGGUCUACUUUGUGGGUCUUCGCGACACCCCCCUGGAGAAGCAUCUGUAUGUGGUUAGUCUGCAGAGGCCCGAGCACAUACGCCUGCUAACUGAACCGGGGUACUCGUAUCUCGUGGAGUUUGAUGAUGAAUGCUCUCUGAUGCUGCUGGUGUAUUGCAACAUCCAGAGACUGCCCAGCUGCAAGGUGAUGCGGGUGAAUCAGACCUGCCAGAACGGCGGCGUCAACGGCAUACAAAUCUCGCUGAUGGGAUACCUGCACGAGGGCGGCAAGCCGGAGCCACAGUAUUGCCCGCAAAUCUUUCGGCCGCAGCUGCCAUCGGGUGACAUCGUCUAUGCCAUGGUCUAUAAGCCGCACAACUUCGAGAUGGGCGUCAAGUACCCCACGGUACUCAAUGUCUACGGUGGGCCUGAGGUCCAGACCGUGAACAAUACCUUCAAGGGAAAGCAUCAGCUCCGCAUGCACAUGCUGGCCGCUCAGGGAUACUGCGUGAUCUGCAUUGACUCGCGCGGGUCUCGGCACCGUGGCAAGCGCUUCGAGAGCCACAUACGCGGCCGGAUGGGACAGGUGGAGCUCCCCGAUCAGGUCGAUGCCUUGCGCAUCCUGGCCGACCAACUGGGCUACAUCGACAUGGAACGAGUGGCCAUCCACGGCUGGUCCUACGGCGGAUACCUAAGCCUGAUGGGUCUGGUGCAAUUUCCACAAAUCUUCAAGGUUGCCAUUGCCGGGGCGCCGGUCACCGAUUGGAAGUAUUACGACACGGGCUACACGGAACGCUAUAUGGAUCUGCCGCACCAAAACGAGGCUGGAUACGCGGCCGGAUCGGUUCUCAACUACAUCAACUCCUUCCCCGAAGAGGAAAAUCGCCUGCUGCUGAUUCACGGGCUGAUCGACGAGAAUGUGCACUUCCAUCACACCUCCCGGCUGAUCAGUGCUCUGAAUAAGGCCAACAAGCCGUACAGUCUGCAUUUGUUCCCCGAGGAGCGCCACUCGUUGCGUAAUCUGGAAUCGAAUAAAAACUACGAAACGAAAUUAUUAUCAUUCUUGCAAAACUUAUGAGACUCAAAAGGCAACAACAAACGUAAAAAAAUUAUCUGCUAAGGCAAACGCAGCAGCUGGGUGCAGCACUCCCCCGCAGCAGCCAAAAAAAACCCCACCCCAGACCCAAAGUCAACCCCAAGGACCCUCCCCUUCCCUCCCUUCCAUUCAAAAAGUUUUACAUCAAUGUCUAUUGUUUUAAUUUUAUUUUUUUUUUUUUUGAAAACUUUUUUUUAUAUGAUAAAGAAACGAGAAAAGCUAAUUUGAUUGGAAAUUUAGAAGAUGUGAAAUAUCAACUUUAAGUAUCAGAUGGAAGGACUCUGCGCCCCGCACUCUACUUUGACCCC